CGCAACUUUCAGUUUGUGAAUUUGACUUUGCUCAGAUGUCACUUUCGCUGAGUGUUUUAACCAAUAUUGAAUAACGUAAACGUUAAGCCUGAUCCUGAUUCUCAUGCCUAUUUUUGGUGUUAAUCUGUGUGAUAAUGAGAUUUUGAACAGGCAUAAAAAUAUUUUGUUUCCUGUUGCAUAGACAAUAACAAAUUUCUUUAAAGGGCACAGAAUGUUGAGACGGUAUUACCAGUCCUGGCUGACUACCUGCCACUUCGUCAAACUCCGUUUCCGUCGACAACCAUUCCUCUUCUAUGCUUUUGCAGUGUCCUUGACCAUCGUGGUGGUUAUUUUCUGGAUGUACCUCAAGAUGACACCUCGCCCCCCACCGGGACUCAUUUUGGAUAAGGAGAUUCAUGACAUGUUCCUUGGAUUAAAGAAACCCACAUACAGGCCAUUACGUCCAAUACCGUUAAUAAUUCCACAGAUUCACGUGAAGAAUUUGCCACCAAUUAUAGUUUCUGCACAUCAGACCACCGUAAAAGCAGAAGAGAAUUUUUUCAAAUUUCUACAGAACAAAGAUAUUAAGUGUAACAAUGACAUGCGACUCGGGCACCCGCACGAUGGAGGCUGGAACGUUUGUAUGUCGCCGCCACUUGGCUUCGGUGAUAACUGCCUCGUCUAUUCCUUCGGGAUUGGAAAUGAUUGGCAGUUCGAAGAUGCUGUUUCGAAGAUUUACGGGUGUAGGGUGCUGGCUUAUGAUCCUAGUAUGGAUGUGGCAGAUCAUAACAGAAGUAAUUUAAUCACAUUCAAAAGACUUGGCAUUGGUCCAAAAAAUGAAGUAACCCCCGCUGGCUGGAAAGUUAAAACAUUUGGAACAUUCCUUAAAGACGAGGGUCAUGAAAAUACUAUCAUCAACUACUUAAAAUUCGACAUUGAAUAUUCCGAAUGGCGAGUUUUGGAAUCUCUUUUCAAAGAGAGGUCGUUGAAAAACGUCAAGCAGAUCGGGUUUGAGGCUCAUUCUAAAGAGCUGUUUCAAGUUUCUAAACUGGACAUGCCCACUGGAAAGGAGGAAUUUCUCAAAAUGUACACGACCCUGAGACGUCUGGAAAACUUGAAUUUCCGCAAGUUCAAUUACAGGUUAAAUCCAUUUGGCGAAUAUCGGUCGAAGCACUCCAACAAGAUCCAGUCGUGCUGUUAUGAGUUACAUUAUGUUAAUAUGAAUAUGGUCAGGUCUAAUGAGACAAUAAUUCAUGACAAAGAUAGUGAACUAUUUCACUGACCAGUUGUGCUGUUACGAGUUACAUUACGUUAAUAUGAAUAUGGUCAGGUUUAAUGAGACACUAAUUCAUGACAAAGAUAGUGAACUAUUUCACUGACCAGUCGUGCUGUUACGAGUUGCAUUAUGCCAAUAUGAAUAUGGUCAGGUCUAAUGAGACACUAAUUCAUGACAAAGAUAGUGAACUAUUUCACUGACCAGUCGUGCUGUUACGAGUUACAUUAUGUUAAUAUGAAUAUGGUGAGGUCUAAUGAGACAAUAAUUCAUGACAAAGAUAGUGAACUAUUUCACUGACCAGUCGUGCUGUUACGAGUUACAUUAUGUCAAUAUGAAUAUGGUCAGGUCUAAUGAGACAAUAAUUCAUGACAAAGAUAGUGAACUAUUUCACUGACCAGUCGUGCUGUUACGAGUUACUUUAUGUUAUUGUGAAUAUGGUCAGGUCUAAUGAGACAAUAAUUCAUGACAAAGAUAGUGAACUAUUUCACUGACCAGUCGUCCUGUUACGAGUUACAUUAUGUCAAUAUGAAUAUGGUGAGGUCUAAUGAGACAAUAAUUCAUGACAAAGAUAGUGAACUAUUUCACUGACCAGUCGUGCUGUUACGAGUUACAUUAUGUCAAUAUGAAUAUGGUGAGGUCUAAUGAGACAAUAAUUCAUGACAAAGAUAGUGAACUAUUUCACUGACCAGUCGUGCUGUUACGAGUUACAUUAUGUCAAUAUGAAUAUGAUGAGGUCUAAUGAGACAAUAAUUCAUGACAAAGAUAGUGAACUAUUUCACUGACCAGUCGUGCUGUUACGAGUUACAUUAUGUUAAUAUGAAUAUGAUGAGGUCUAAUGAGACAAUAAUUCAUGACAAAGAUAAUGAACUAUUUCACUGAAGUACGAGUAGCUUGUAAGGAAGGUAGAUAACUCUUCCAGUGAUAUGAAACUAAGAAAGAAUUCUUCCAGCAAGUUGAGUGCGUCGUUAAAUAAAACAUUUCCUUCCUUCUUCCAGCAACUCGGAGGGGUAGGGGUACGUAGCCCAGUGGAAAAGAGCUCUCCAUGGUCGGCCGAGAAUCAAUCCCCAUUGUUGGGUCCAUUGGGCUAUUUCUGGUUCCAGCCAGUGCACCAAGACUGGUAUUAUUAAAGGUUGUGGUAUGUGUUGUCCUGUCUGUGGGAAAGUGCAUAUAAAAGAUCCCUUGCUGCAUUAGAAAAAAUGUAGCGGGUUUUCUCUGAUGACUACAAAUGUUUGACAUCCAAUAUUCGAUGAUUAAUUAAUCAGUGCUCUAGUGGUGGUGUUAAACAAAGCACGGGGGCGGGAUCUAACUCCGUCGGUAGUGAGUGUUUACAUCACAGCAUCAAAUCACCUCAGUGAGCCUGUUCUUUGAUUGGGUGCUUUCCCAUUCCAACCAGUACACCAAGACUGGUAUUAUUAACGGUUGUGGUAUGUGUUAAACAAAACAAGGGGGCGGGAUCUAGCUCAGUCGGUAGUGAGUGUUUACAUCACAGCAUCAAAUCACCUCAGUGGGCCCGUUCUUUGAUUGGGUGCUUUCCCGUUCCAACCAGUACACCAAGACUGGUAUUAUUAACGGUUGUGGUAUGUGUUAAACAAAACAAGGGGGCGGGAUCUAGCUCAGUCGGUAGUGAGUGUUUACAUCACAGCAUCAAAUCACCUCAGUGGGCCCGUUCUUUGAUUGGGUGUUUUCCCGUUCCAACCAGUACACCAAGACUGGUAUUAUUAAAGGUUGUGGUAUGUGUUAUCCUGUCUGUGGGAUGGUGCAUAUAAAAGAUCCCUUGCUACGAAUGGAAAAAUGUAGUGGGUUUCCUCUUACGGCUAUGGGCUGAAUUUGCAAAGCUUGUUUUUCUUAAACACAGGUGUAUUUAAGCAUUGUAAAUGUAUGUAGUUACAGGUGUGUAAGACUUAUGCAGGUGUAUUUAAGCAUUGUAAAUGUAUGUAGUUACAUGUGUGUAAGA